ACAUCUCAUUUUAUUGGCAAACUAAUUGAGUCUCAAACUGCUCCUUCAACUAAUCCAUCAUGUUAGCAUUAUCACCAUCUUUGGUUUCAACCACGGUAUGGUACUUGGAGAAUAAUCACACAAAUUAUGACCAGAAUUUCAACCACGUCGGAGACUCAGAGACAGUAGAGUCAGUUCUUCAUUUCUCUACAUCUCAGCAGGCACAAGUUGAGCUUGAUCGGAUUACGCCGCCAAUAACUAGUUAUGGUGACCCAAAAAUGCAUAAGAAGCUUAACCACAAUGCUAGUGAGCGUGAUCGUCGCAAGAAGGUGAAUGAUUUGUACUCCUCUCUCCGUUCACUGCUUCCAGGCACAGAUCGAACGAAGAAGUUAAGCAUUCCGAAAACAGUUUCAAGUGUGGUAAAAUACAUACCAGAGCUACAAAAGGAAGUGAAGGGACUUAUUCAUAAAAAGGAAGAGCUUCUAUCAAGGAUUUCUAGGUUAGAAGAUGAAACUCUUGAAGAGGAAAAACCAAAAAUCAUUGCUCAAAGCACUUCAAUAUCUAUUUGGGCAAGUCGUAUUGAUAGUAGGCAAAUUGUGGUUCAAAUAUCAAUAGAUGGCAAAGUCCACAAGACUCCAUUAUCUGAGAUUCUUUGCAACUUAGAGGAGGAUGGGCUUAUAUUAUUAAAUGCGUCAUCAUUUGAGUCUUUUGGAGGGAGGAUUUUUUGUAAUUUACAUCUUCAGGUUUGUUUUUGUAUAGGUUGAAAGAACUCAUGGACUGGAGUGCGAGAUUUUAAGUGAGAAACUCAUGUCCCUGUAUGACAAGAGAGAAGAGCUGUUGCUAUGAAAAUCUUGAUUCUAUUGAUGAUUAAUUUACCCUUUAGAGUGCCAAGUCCGUAUGUGAUUCUAUCUAUUAGUGCUCUGGUUAUUUUAACAAGACUAUUGGUGUGUAGUUGUAUCAUGGUUUUAAAAAUUGGAACAAUUAAAGAAUCGCUUUUACUCCUAGUUCUCAGUGUUUGAUUGGUUUUUGACCAAUUUUAAUGGUUUUUACCGGACUGAAUUGGUUCCCGGCCGGUUCAUUCGUCCUGUUUGGUCUAGUUUUUAAAACCAUGAGUUGUAUACAUGAGUAAGUAGAUAUAA